CGCUGUCCUGUUUUGAAACGCGUCCUGCUUCACCGCUGUAGUUUAUAUGUGUCACAAUCCUGCGGAAAGCUACACAAACUCACUCACUGCACGUAUCGAUCAAAGCAGGUAUCCAACUGUUAUUAAACCACAUUCAUCAAGCAUUGCUACUCUUAUCAGCUGCGCAUGAAUAACUUCGACAGCCACCGCUUUAAAGCGCUUUCAGCUGAAUGAUGCGUGCGCGCUGUGAUAUACUUCACUAAAGUCAAUGCAUGAAAACACAAGAGCCUCAGUUCCUCCCUGACGUGUGUGUGCAGUUGUCUGUUGUUCCUGUUAUCACUGUGUGACACAUGUGUGUUCCUAUGGGCGUACGCUGAUAUUGUCAUUCAGCAGAAACGUCUUCAGUCAUUAUCAAACAUUGUCUUUUAGUGUUUUAGAGGCCUGCAAACAUGAAAGUGCUGCUUCUGAAAGAGCCACGAGAGAGUGAGAGCGAAGCAGACCCUUACAUCCAGGAGUUGGCUUCAUGUGGACACACAGCUUCUUUGAUUCCGGUUCUGUCCUUUAAAUUCGUGUCUCUAGGUCAUCUUUAUGAGCGGCUCUUUGAGCCCGAGAGGUUUGGAGGUCUGAUCUUCACCAGUCCCCGAGCCGUGGAGGCCGUGAAGAGCUGUUUAGACUCGCAGAAACACAGACACAAAUGGGACGCAGUGAAAGACAAAUGGAAUGAAAAAUCAGUUUAUGUGGUUGGAAAAGCGACAGCAUCUUUAGUUGUAGAGUUGGGUCUGAGUCCUCUGGGUGAAGAGACUGGCACCGCAGACGCUCUCGCUCGGCUCAUCCUCCAGAGAGAAAAUCAAGAGAUAAAGCCACUUUUCUUUCCCUGCGGCUCCAUCAAACGUGAAGUUCUGCCCACCGCGCUCCGAAACAACCAUGUUCCUCUGGAGACUCUGACCAUCUAUCAGACGUCCGAACAUCCGGAUCUACUGAAGAACAUCACACACUAUUUCACUCAGCAGGGCGUCCCAGCGAGCGUGGCGUUCUUCAGUCCGUCUGGAGUGACGUUCUGUCUGGAUUUGGUGAAGAGACUCUCAGGAUCUCAGCUGGAGCAGAUAAAGUUUGCGUCGAUUGGCCGGACCACAGCAGACGCGCUGAAGUCCCACGGACUGACGGUCAGCUGCUGCGCUGAGAAACCCACAGCAAAACACCUGGCCGCCGCCAUCACACACGCCCUGACCUCUGACCUCUGACCUCUGACCACCAGAGUCCUGCUUUUGCAGUAGAUAUUAGAAGUGAUUGCAUUAAUAUCUCUCUAUCUGUAUGUGUUUUGCAGCUGUAUGUUUGAAUGCAUCA